AUGUCAUGGUUCAGAAGCUCGGGGCAUAACGGCGAUUAUACCAGUUUUAAGAAAUUCAAAUCCACUAUCCUCGCUAUAACCCUAGGCUGGGAUUACAAUGAUUGGCAUGGAACCGCAAUAAAGAAUCUGUUGACAGCUUCCGAAAUGCAGAACUAUAAGGAAGGUAAAAUAAAGUGGAGCUCCUUGAAAAUAGAGAAAUCUACUGCAAGGCGUGGUAGAGAUGAAAAGAAUGGAAGGAAAAGAGAAGUAGAAAAGAAAACAGAGCCAAUUCAAAUCAAGAAGCCUCGUACUGAAGCAGUAGAUGUGGAAGUCACGAAUGAAAUGGUUAGCUAA